AAUAAAUAUAUAAAUACUGUCUGUUAGUAACUUUUUGAGUUUGAAAUGAAAAUUAUCAUUAGUUAGUCUUAACCCUUCACAAGGAGUACAAGAGAUCAUAAAAAAUGGAAAAAAUGGAAGAUAUCCGAGAACGUAAAAUGAGUAUAGAAUUAUAAUUGCAAAGAUAUGGCUUAAGUCAGUUCCGUUCCUUGCACUAUUUUUUGCAUUACAGUAGUCUCACUGCAUCUCGAAGGUUCCAGAUCUAUCGCAAACCCGUCCUUACUCCGGGGUAGGGACGGAGCUGGAGUCAGUUCUCCGUUAUCUCCGCACUGAGACUGAGUUUCAAUACAAGAUAUAGAAUCUCCGUGUGUGUGAAAUCUGAUAAGAACUGAGCCUGGAGAAAAGUGAAAAAGAACCUUGGAGAAAAAUAUUGAAAUUAUGUAUUUAUCUUUCCGCUGACUUUUACAAUUACAGGUUUCGGUUUGUUUUGCAGAAAAGUUCCCGGGUUUAGAAAAAAGAAACAAAAUGGAGUCCGAAGAUGAGGUUUGUUUGUCGAGUGGUGGGUUUGAUCUUGUUCUGGAUGGAGGAGAAGCUGACCCCGCCUUCCUAACAUCACGUAUGGAUGGACCAGCUACCCACCUCCCUCAACUCCUCAAGCAUCCCGGGGGCGCUCCCCUUUCCAGUACUCGCUGUGCUCACGCCACCCUACCUCUAGAUUGGAAUCUCAGUACACCUUUAGACCAGGAUCUGUUUGAGCUGAUUAAUCGUCUUCAGAGCAGCAGAUUAGACGAUCAACGGUGCAGUAUGCCCGGACCAGGGAAUAAUCUUGCAUCCUGGCCCCCAUCCAGGCAGAGGCUUGAAGCAGUUCUCCGAUCCUCUCCUCCGUACCCCCUCGUUGUUCUCCCGUCGGAGGGAGGGUUCUGGGUCGAUCCCUCCGACCAGCGGAGUCAUGAUUCCAGCUUCGAUAGCGAGGGUAACCCAGUGAUCAGUGAUAGUUUGCUGGCUGAGCACGAAGAUUCACCGUGCCGAACCUACAGAGCUCAUUUCCUACAGUCGGAACAUUUCAACUUCUGUGGUUUAGAGGAGGGUGUCGGACCCAUGGUUCUCAGUGUCAAGUAUUAUUGUGACACGGAGAACCAAGAUAACCAUAUCCGGAUUAUACUCCGGCUCACUACAGGAACUCAACACAAGCUCAUCCGGGCAGAUGGACUUCCGGAUCAUCCCUCUCCGAUACAUCUAGCUAAACUUGUAUCCCCGGAUAUAUCCAUCUCAACCCUGCAACCCGUACUGUGCCCCAGGGCCUCAGAACUACUUCUAAAUUUUGACGAGCACGUACUAGUGAACAACUUCAAGUUUGGUGUUGUCUACCAGCGUGUCGGUCAAACCACAGAAGAAGCUCUCUUCGGGAACAGAAAUCAUAGUCCAGCCAUGGAGAGGUUUCUUGAGAUGAUUGGACGACGCGUCCUACUCUCAGAGCAUACAGGAUACAGAGGAGGGUUGGAUACACAGUUCGGACAAACAGGGGAGUACACCUUCUACACAGACCACCAGGGGAAGGAGGUUAUGUUCCAUAUUGCCACUCUUCUUCCCUUCUCCGAGACCGACACCCAGCAGCUCCAGCGCAAACGGCAUAUUGGGAACGAUAUCGUGAGCAUCGUUUUUCAGGAGGGAUCCACUCCCUUCACUCCAGACAUGGUUACCUCGCACUUCCUUCACACAUACAUCGUGGUCCAACCCAUAGAAGGAGAUAGGUAUAGAGUCAGUGUCACAGCACGGGAAGAUGUUCCUUACUUUGGUCCUAGUCUCCCUAGUCCUGCAGUCUUUAGACGGGGCUCGGAGUUCCGAGAGUGGUUGCUCUGUAAACUGAUAAAUGCUGAGACAGCUAGUUAUAAAGCUGAGAAGUUUAGUAAACUUGAACAGAGAACUAGAACUUCUCUCCUCUCAAACCUUGUUGAAGAACUAACCUCAAAAACUUCGGAUUUUCUUGGAAUUCCGCCGGCAGAGUCUAGCUUGAAGAAUGAAAAGGCGGAAGAAUCUGGCGGUAUUUUUAAGAGUGUGAAGAAGGCGUUUGCCAGUCGGACAAAGAGUUCAGCUUUGAACGAUUUGACGGGAUCAAAAAUCAUUCCUAAAUCAAAAUCGAGUAACACCGGUUUCUCCAAUAGCAGUCUAAACCCGGAGAUGGAGGAGGGAGGGAGGAGGGGACUCCUCGCCCCUGGUCGGAGAGGUACUAAAUCAGACAGUGGGCGUGGUAGUGUUGGAACCGGAAGUGUGACGUCGUCCACAGGGCGUGGUUCGUCUCCCAUCUCCUCCUCCUCCUCCCCCGACCUAACAGCAAGGAUGGGUCCAACUAUGCACUCGGAGUCGGACACCUCUAGUCUGAACAGUAUAGAGUACGAGCAGAACUCCAGAAUAUCUCCUAAGAAACGUGUCUCACUAUCUGCUGGUAUGGAUCGUGGAGUAGCUCUAGACCCCGCCUGUCAGGAAGUUGUUAGCGGAGCUGUUACAAUGGUGACCCUGGAGGGAAAUGCAGUGGCUGGUCAACUCUCUAAACUCCAGGAUGAAGUUUCUAAACUUAAGGUUGAUAAACUAGAGUUACUCAGACAAAAUGUUGCAGCACAAAGAGAAGUUAAAAGACUGCGUGAGAGAGAGUUACAGCUUCAAAGUGAUCUCACAACUGCGUCUCGUGAGAUAAAUCGUCUCCGCAUUAAUCUGAAACAAACCAAUCUUACUCAUACUAGAUUACAGGGUCAGGAGGAUAACCUGGAGAAACAUUAGUCAACCCUAACCCUCGUCAAGUGAUGUACAAAAUAACCAAUCCGAGCCUAAUCAACCAAAUACCCUGGAUAAGAGCCUAUAUCCUACCUAAGAAGAAGGUUAUUAAUCUCUUCUUAUUUCUCCGGGUAUUAAAAUUAUAGUGAAGAAAACAAGAGGAUAAUCGGAUACACUUUAUACCAAUCCUCAAAACACGAAUCUUUAAACAGUGCUCUGGGAGAAUAUUAUUAUCCUACUCAGGAUUAAACCUUGAACCCUGCAGUAUAAAUCCAGGAGACAGGAAUAAACCUAAAACUAGUCCUUUGAUUCCAAUGGAAAUAAAAAAUUAUCCAAAGUUAAUCAAACUCAAAACGAAGAAAUCACCGAAUUCUUUUGUAAUCCUGAUUUUUAAUCGUUCGUUGAAGCAAAUUUUGUUUAAUGUUAACAUUGUUAAACCCUGUUUAUGAAGUUAUAUCGGAAACAUAUUUGGGAAUUGGAUGAUCGCCUACUCGUGUUAAAUAUUAAAACUUCUCAAUGUUGAAACUGUUGAAAGCACAAGUUAAAUUUAAUAUUGAUGUUAUUUAAAAAACUGUUACAAAUUAUCUGUGAUAUCCUCAGUCUGUUGGUGUUUAUGUUUAUGUACAUAUAUAUAUAAAUAGUUUGUACAGUGUUGCUACUCCUGCAGUACAUAUGUAUUUUUUUAGCCUUGAUUAAAUAUUUUUGUACCGGUGUAAUUCAGUUAAUAAAAACAAUUCAGCACUUU